CCAUGUCCCCGGUGCUGGCGGGCUUCCUGGGCGCGGGGGUCCUGGUUCUGCUGGUUCUGGUCCUGGUUCUGCUGUGGUGGUUCUGUCAGCGGCGGCUCCUCUCCGGGCGCUACAAGCUGCACGGAGACCGCUACUGCGACACCGAGGACCCGCCCUACAAGUUCAUCCACAUGCUGAAGGGCAUCAGCAUUUACCCAGAAUCCCUCAGCGGCAGCAAGAAGAUAGUGCGCGGGGUCCGGCGCGUGGACCGGUGCGAUGCCGCCCCCCCGGGCUGCACAAGGAGAAACACUGACCUGGUUCUGGUGGACGCGGAGAACAACAUCCUGGACGUGCCGGGCCAGCUCAGUGAGCCACCUGGUCCUCCAGAGUUCUCCUGCCUGGAGAGCAGCUCCAGCUCCAGCAGCGCCUCCCCUGAGCCGGCCUGGGGACCAUCAGCCCCCCCGAGCCGGGCCUGGGGACCAUCAGCCCCCCCCGAGCCGGCCUGGGGACACUCAGGCCUCACCGUCCACUACAACUUCCCCAAGAAGGCCCUGGUGGUGACGAUUCUGGGGGCACGGGGCCUCCCUGCCGUGGACGAGCAGGCGGGCAGCUCAGACCCGUACGUGAAGAUGACCAUCCUGCCGGAGAAGAAGCACCGCGUGAAGACCCGGGUUCUGAGGAAGACUCUGGACCCGCUGUUCGACGAGACCUUCACCUUCUACGGCGUGACCUUCAGCGCGCUGCCAGACCUCACGCUGCACUUCCUGGUGCUCAGCUUCGACCGCUUCGCCCGGGACGACGUCAUCGGGGAGGCUGUGGUGCCGCUGAGGGGCGUGGACCCGAGCACCGGCCGGGUCCACCUGAGCCAGAACAUCAGCAAGAGGAACAUGCAGUGUGAGAGUCGUGGGAGCUGCCUGGCGUCUCUCUCCUAUCAGCCCGUGUCUCACCGCCUCAGCGUCGUGGUUCUGAAAGCUCGACACCUGCCAAAGAUGGACAUCACCGGCCUGUCAGCAAACCCGUACGUGAAGUGAACGUUUUCUACGACGUAGAAACGCAUCGCCAAGAAGAAGACGCACGUGAAGAAGUGCACGCUGAACCCCGUCUUCAACGAGUCCUUCAUCUACGACAUCCCGCCCGAGCUGCUGCCUGAGGUCUCCGUGGAGUUCCUGGUGGUGGACUUCGAACCGACCACCAAGAACGAGGUCCUGGGGCGACUGCCUGGCCUCAACAGCCCGGAAACAUCCGGAGCCAAGCACUGGGCCGAGGUCUGCCAGAACCCCCGCCGGCAGAUCUCCAAGUGGCACAACCUGAGCGAGUACUGAGCGAGCAGAGACUCAGUGUACACACACACACACACACACACACACACACACACACACACACACACACACACACACACACACACACACACAAAAUACAAUACAAUAAAAUACAAAGGGGCUUUAUUGGCAUGACCAAACUUUAAACAUAGUAUCGCCAAAGCAUUCCUCACAAGGCGUUAUAACAGAACAAAACAAAAAAAUGUCAACAAUACAUGUGGCAUAACACACACAACACACACACACACACACACACCACACCACACACACACACACACACACACACACACACUGUUCACACCUGGUGUAUAGCACGCGUCCUCAGCUCUAAAUACUCAAAUCUCCAGCUUUGUCCACGACGUGUGAACAUUUAGAAAAACUGAAAUAUGAGUCGGGACUUGUGAUGCGUUCAGGGACAACAAAGCUGUGUAGAAAAUCUGCAGGAGAGCUAGCUGCCGUUAACUGUCAGCUGCUAGCUGUUAGCUGCCGUUAGCCGUUAGCUGCUAGCUGCUGUUAGCCAUUAGCUGCUAGCUGUUAGCGGCCGGUGAACGGAGGUACGAUACAGUUGCAGUUUGGUGAGUUCAGGCUCUAUUCUUGAAUACAUUCUCAGCAACUUACAUUAGAUAUUAGAGAAACGGAGACCUGCUUAGCCUCCGGACAGGAAACCAGCAUGCUAACGUAAGUAAACCAGUAUGCUAACAGUGAUAAAGGUACAUAGGACUUAUCGUUCUGUUUUUUUUACCGUGGCCUUGAACUGGGAUUGACUUCUUAAUCUCUGGCAGCGUGGCCUCCCUUUAUCCCUAUAAAUAUAUACAUAUAUUGUAAAAUAAGUUCUGAAGAUGCUAAUGCUUCCUCUGUAGCUGUGUGUGUGUGUGUGUGUGUGUGUGUGUGUGUGUGUGUGUGUGUGUGUGUGUGUGUGUGUGUGUGUGUCCAACACCCCGGAGCAUCAAAUGUAGGCUUCCCUCUUCUUCUGAUAGCCUGUUGCUAACUCCGCUAUCUUUAACAACACAACAUUUAGUCUGCAAGAAGGUGGGACUGAGGUGCUAAUGCUAAUGCUAAUGUGUUGUUGUUAAUGCCAGGUGUGAACAGCCCCCCCCAACACACACACACACACACACACACACACACACACACACACACACACACACACACACACACACACACACACAGAACUCCGAGUCUCCCUGUGUGUCGACGAGGAGGCGGAAAGGAAUGCUUCAAGUAUCAUUUAAGAAAAAAAACAAUAAUAACAAAAAAAGUUGCCCCCCUCCCCAUCUUGCUGUUGUUGUCAUGCAGUUCAUCGCAUGUCCGUCAAACUAAAAAAAACUCUGAAUGAAGAAACGCUGCUGACAGGAAACCGAAUCUACCCAGAGGACAGGGAGCUGCUGGGGGAAGAUGAAUCUACAGCAGGGUGUACACGUGUUUGGGACCUGGAGAUCUGGACUCUUCUUCACCACGUUAUCAUCCCAGCAUGAUGAUGCAGAGGACUGUAGUAGAUGUGUAGAGGUCAGAGGUCAGAGGUCACACACCUGCAGAAGAUAUGAAGAGUCAGGAGUGGAAGCUGAUGUGAGGCUGUAGCAGAGACGCACACAUGCUGUACUCAAGUACAAGUACAGAUACUCGUGUUUAAAAUACUCUGGUACAAGUACUGACUCAACUUCUUUACUCGAGUAGAAGUACAGGAGUGUGUACUUAAAUAAAAAGAAGCCAUAGCUAUGUUUUUUAUUAUUAGAACACUAAAUAACUUCUAUUUCACAUUUUGAUUCUGUCUUUGUGUUACAUUUACUUAAGUACAAUUUAGAGGUACUUAAAUGUUAUGCUACUGUGUACUUCUACUCCACUACAAUUUAGAGGUAAAUGGUGUACUUUUACUCCAAUAUAUGUAUUUAAUACCUUUAGUUACUUUACAGAUGUGGAUUAAUGAUGUGAAAUAUAAUCAACUCUAAAAUAUAAGAUCUGAGUACUUCUACUUUUACUCAAGUACAAGAUCUGAGUACUUCUACUUUCACACAAGUAUAAGAUCUGAGUACUUAUACUUUUACUCUAGUACAACAUCUGAGUACUUCUACUUUCACUCAAGUACAAGAUCUGAGUACUUUUACUUUCACUCAAGUACAAGAUCUGAGUACUUUUACUUUCACUCAAGUACAACAUCUGAGUACUUCUACUUUCACUCAAGUAUAAGAUCUGAGUACUUCUACUUUUACUCAAGUACAAGACCUGAGUACUUCUACUUUCACAGGACAGGUACUUGUGGUAAAAAUGUAAGGAGUAAAAGUAAAAAGUUGUGAUUCAAACUGAAUGGUGGAGGAAAGUACUGAGACCAGGAAAAUAUCCUGCAGUAUGUAGUAAGUACAGUAACAAAGUAUUUAUAAAUGUUUGUAUAUACUGGCUGCAGCUGAACCCUUCUCUGAGGUCUGUUAUUAAGGGUCAGAAGUCUCGGUAGAGUCUCUGCGCAGUCGAUGCCAUAAAGUCCAGGUCAACGUGUCGGACUGGUUUUGGUGCCGGGCAGAAUACGGCUCGGUGCAGACGGAGGGACUCGGUGCAGACGGAGGGACUCGGUGCAGACUCGGUUCAGACUCGGAUCAGACUCGGUUCAGACUCGGAUCAGACUCGGAUCAGACUCGGAUCAGACUCGGUUCAGACUCGGAUCAGACUCGGAUCAGACUCGGAUCAGACUCGGUUCAGACGGAGGGAUUCGGUUCAGACUCGGUUCAGACUCGGUUCAGACUCGGAUCAGACUCGGUUCAGACUCGGAUCAGACUCGGAUCAGACUCGGAUCAGACUCGGUGCAGACGGAGGGACUCGGAUCAGACUCAGGUGGAUUCAGAACCACACACACUCCUCUCCUGAGGUCUGCCACAGCCUCACAUCAGUCCUCACCCUAACAUGGUUCCUCCUGCUUUGUGUAUAGUGUGGUGUCACUCUGAUAUAGUCAUAAUUACAGCUUUGAUCUUUAUCAGAUACUCCCUACAUUCUGUUCCCGUUGUUCUGCAGCUUCCUGUCGUCUCACCACCACUUCCUCUGCUCUCAGUGUUUCAUAACGCAGAGGUUUGAUCUGGUUUCUCUCCAGUUAUAACUUCCUCCUCUUUGAAUCAUCAUCAGUGAGGCCCGCGCCAUUAUCAAGGAAGAACCACUGAACAUGUCAACAGCUGAAAAGAUAAUGCACUUAACCUGAUUUUUUAUAAAAACAAAUCAUAUGAAAUAGUUGCCCGCUGAUGUAAUAAAAUGUCCUUUCUGAUUUAUAUUGAUGUAAAACAAACACAGUGACGAAGUAUAGAAGUGUACUGUGGGGGCUGUGGGGGGGGGGGUCUGUGCGGUCUGUGGGGUCUGUGGGGAGGGUCUGUGGGGGCUGUGGGGGCUGUGGGGGGGGUCCACAGGGCGGAUGGGUCACAUGUCUGAUGUCCGUCAUGUGAAGCGCUUUCAUUAAAGGGUUCAAACUAUUAGAACAUAUUCACAUGAACAAAGCUAACCAGACCAUCUAGAUGGAUGCUGGAGUGAGUCUCUGCAGCUCUGGACAUUUUAUUACAUCAACAGGUUCAAGUGUUCUUUUGAUUCCCAGGAAACGCUUUGAGGCCGACGCUGAGUGUCCUCUGAAGCAGCUUUUAUUCUGAAAAUCUGAGAAUAUUAAAGUGUGCGGCUGUAUAUUUGUACAGAAGUGAAGAUGUUUGCCCCCCCCCCCCCCUCCCCCUCCUGGAGCUUCAGUGUGUGUGAGCCCCCCCCCCCCUGCUGUGACCGGACCAUGCUAACCUAGCGUUAGCUUUGUAAACACUAAUCGGACGUGCAAAUAAAAAUAACGAGUUAGCCAUGAA